GUUGGAAUGUUCAAUUCAAUUUCAGGAUUAUGGUUUGGACUGGAACUGAUGAAGAUCCUCCAUUCUUCCAUGAUCAUCCAACCAUGGGUCCCAUGGUAAGGAUGGGUUACGCUGUGUUUGUCCAGCCCGCUAUUUGGAUCAGGAAGAACGUGAUAGAACCCAACAGGACUAGCGAACCUGAGGCCUGGUAUCACAGGAGUCUACGCCGCGUACCAACCAUUGACGAGUGCUAUGUAGACGACGUUAUUUGCAGAGAGGAAGCGAAUGCCCAGUUUCUCAGAGAUAGAAAGGUUGAAGGACAAAUCGUCAAUAUCUUGCGUAGCAGACUAGACGACUGUAUAUUCUACGAGAAGGGUAGUGGACCUGCUCAGUGGGGAGAUCCUCGUGAUGGUCCAACUGUUGAUGUUAGCGAGGGGUCAAAUCAUCCUUGCAGAAAAAUAUUGGAAACUUUUGAAAGAGCACAUCAGAACUACUUUGUUAAAUAUGGAGAGCUUGGAUUGAAGCCCAGGGUUGAAGCAGCCUUCAUGAAGCAGAAACAUAGGUUUGUUGUGUACAGUUACUCCCAAGGGGGGGGGGGGGUCAAAACAGACGAUGAAAACGGAUAUACAAUUGUUUUUAUAUAAAUCUAAGAAAAUUAC